AUGGCUUCCGACGCACAAGCCAAGGUCAAGCUGUUCUGGCUCGAGAAGUCGCGCAGUCAGAAUAUCCUCUGGCUGCUGGAAGAACUCGACAUCCCCUAUGAGCUCGAGACAUUUCAUCGCCAGCCUGAUAUGAUGGCGCCGCCCGAGCUGAAGAAGAUCCAUCCCCUGGGCAAGUCGCCUACCAUCACUAUCACCCCUGCUGGUGCUACGGAGCCCAUCGUCCUCGCGGAGAGCGGGUUCAUCACACAGUAUCUGAGCGAGCACUUUGGCCAGGGCACGACCAUGAUGCCCAAGCGCUAUAAGGAUGGCCAGGAAGGCAAGGCAGGUGGUGAAACCGAGGAGUGGCUCCGCUGGCAAUACUACCUCCACUACGCCGAGGGCUCCUUAACGCCUGUGCUUUUCAUGGCAAUGGUCCUCGGGAUGCUGAAGGGUCCCAAUAUCCCCUUCUUCAUUCGCCCCAUAACGGCCAUGGUUGUGAACCAGGUGUUUGCGAAGCUCAUCUUUCCCAACAUAAAGACGCACUUUGCGUUCCUCGAGGAGCAACUCGCGACGUCUGGCGGUGACUAUCUCUGCGGAAAGAACCUGACGUCGGCCGAUGUGCUGCUCAGCUUCAUCAUGAUCUCGGUCAAGGACAAGCUCCAGGAAUUCGGCAGCUUUGAGGGUGGCGGUCCGCAGGCACUCUACCCGAAGGUCUAUGCGUAUAUUGAGCGGCUGCGGUCGCACCCUGGGUACAAGAAGUCGACGAAGAAGAUCAAGGAGAUCGAUUCCAGCCUCGGUAUCGAUUGGUAA